UUUUUUCUCCUGUGUGUAAGACUGUAGUAUGUAGUAUGCAUUUUGAAUGGUGUUUUGCAUCAUGUUCCAAAACUAGGCGUUGUGUUCUUCUCCUAACCUUUUGAAGGAUAACUGCCUCUUGGUUCUUGCAAUCAUUUAACUUGCAUGACUAAGGCCUUAAUUGCCCCAAUGAUUUUUUUUUAAAGAAUAUUGUUUUUUUAUUUAGCUACACCUCCUGCCCCAGCUUCCUCCCAGCAACCAAAGGCUGCCUCUGGCCCUGCUAAGCCCAAGGGCAAAGAUGCCAAGAGUGGGCCGGGUUCUUCCGCCCCAAAGGCUGUCCCUGGCAGAAGAAAACGCUCCUCAAUGUCUGCCUCUUCCUCCUCUCCCACCUCCCCUAAAUCUACUCCAUCCUCUACCCCACUCUCACCCCUACCGUCUCCCCUAGCUGCCUCACCUGGAGGCUCUUCUGAUGCUGGUCACGGUAAUCGCUCCACCCCAAAAGUCGUCAAGGCUGGCAAACAAGGAAAAGCUAAGAAAGGAGAGGCAUUUGUGCCUGCUCCUAUCCCUGACGAAUGCAAGGCCACCUCAGGAGAUAAACCCAAGCCAGACACACCUGUAGUUCAGGCUAACCCUGCCCCAGUUAAGCCAAAAGAACCCUCACCCACCAACAAAAAGGCCACUGCAGCCCCUGCUGCUUUUAAAGUUACCUCAAAGCCUGCUGCUCCAGCUCCAGUGUCAUUUUCAGAUACUCUUGCUUCCAGCCCUCCCAAAUCAGUUGAAGUUAAGGCAGCUUCACCAAAAUCUGCUCCUGUUGUUGCAGUCGUAGAUGAUGAUGAUCUUCCUCCCCUCAUCCCACCUGAGAAGCCAGUCAAGAUGCCAGUUUUCACACCCCCUGUUCAGAAAGAGGGUGAAAAAUCUAAACCUUCAGCUGAAAUGAAGUCGACUGCAGGGUCUGCCCCUGGUGUCCAUAAAGCAGAGAAAAUUGCUGAGCCUCCUCAAGCUGCUACUAAGUCUGCACCUGUUGAGGCUGUAAAAGCUGCACCAGCAGAGGCUAUCAAGCCAGUAAUUGAGCCUAAGUCCAUACCUGUUGAUGUUGCCAAACCUUCUGCCAAGACAAAACCUACUCCUGUUGAGGCUGCCAAACCUGCUGCCCAGGCUAAAGCUGCUCCUGUUGAGGCUGCUAAACCAGCUGCCCAGGCCAAACCUGCACCCACUGAGGCUGCUAAACCAGCUGCCCAGGCUAAAGCUGCUCCCGUUGAGGCUGCUAAACCAGCCGCCCAGGCCAAACCUGCACCCACUGCGGCUGCUAAACCAGCUGCCCAGGCUAAAGCUGCUCCCGUUGAGGCUGCUAAACCAGCUGCCCAGGCCAAAGCUGCUACCGUUGAGGCUGCUAAACCAGCUGCCCAGGCCAAAGCUGCUCCCGUUGAGGCUGCUAAACCAGCUGCCCAGGCCAAAGCUGCUCCUGUUGAGGCGGCUAAACCAGCUGCCCAGGCCAAAGCUGCUCCCGUUGAGGCUGCUAAACCAGCUGCCCAGGCCAAAGCUGCUCCUGUUGAGGCGGCUAAACCAGCUGCCCAGGCCAAAGCUGCUCCCGUCGAGGCGGCUAAACCAGCUGCCCAGGCCAAAGCUGCGCCCGUCGAGGCGGCUAAACCAGCUGCCCAGGCCAAAGCUGCGCCCGUCGAGGCGGCUAAACCAGCUGCCCAGGCCAAAGCUGCGCCCGUCGAGGCGGCUAAACCAGCUGCCCAGGCCAAACCUGCGCCCGUCGAGGCGGCUAAACCAGCUGCCCAGGCCAAAGCUGCGCCCGUCGAGGCUGCUAAACCAGCUGCCCAGGCCAAAGCUGCGCCCGUCGAGGCUGCUAAACCAGCUGCCCAGGCCAAAGCUGCGCCCGUCGAGGCUGCUAAACCAGCUGCCCAGGCCAAAGCUGCGCCCGUCGAGGCUGCUAAACCAGCUGCCCAGGCCAAACCUGCGCCCGUCGAGGCUGCUAAACCAGCUGCCCAGGCCAAACCUGCGCCCGUCGAGGCUGCUAAACCAGCUGCCCAGGCCAAACCUGCGCCUAUCAAGGAUGUCAAACCGGCUGCUGAACCUAAACCUGUUCUUGUUGAGGUCGUUGAUGUCAAACCAGCUACUGUUAAGGCUGCUAAGCAAGCCACCGAGGCCAAGCAUGUGCCUGUUGAGGCUGCUAAGCCGGCUGCCACUCCUGCUACCAAAGCAGCAGUGCAGCCAUCAUCUGCUCCCUCCAAGCCCACUCCUGUUGAGCCAGCUGUUGCUCCCCAAGCAAGCAAGAAGCUCACAUUUGCGGAGGCAGUUGCAAAACCUGCCCCUGUUAAACCUGAGGUUGAGGUAAUUAGUACGCCAUCCGAACCUGUUUCAGCACCCAAACCUGCCCCCACACCUGCUAAAACCCCAGCCAAGGUGGAACCUGUGAUCAAGAAUGACAAGGGUAUUUUCUCCUUUCUCUGUUUGUCCCAACUGUGUUUUCCCAAUCGUCAAUACAUUAUGGUAAUUUUACAGAUGCUUAAAUAUGCCAUUCUUUAAGCAAGGCAAGGUUCAGGAGUUCGCAGUAACCUUGGGUGAAAUGUAACUUCACACUGGCCUGUUUCAAAGAUGUUACUUAAUUGUUGAAGUCACUGCUCAUGCCCAGUGCAAUUAAUUUUCCACAGAAACAUAAACCUGUUAUAUUGUCAUAUCUUCUAAUUUUGUUCCAUCUUUUUGUAUUUAAGUUUACAUUUUUUUGUGUUGUCACUGGUAUAUAAUUUGUAGUGCCACAAUUGGGAGAAAUGUCAGUGGUAUUGAAUAAUGGAGGUGUUACAUGGUCCUUGCCGUGAUGCACAGUAUUGUGUAUUUGAGUUAAAAUGGAUCUUAAUUGCAUUUUUUUGACUUUGAGCCAGCAAGUAAUAGCAGUUGCAGGUUCUUAACCUAAAUCCAUGUUUUGUGGUUCUUUAGAUUUUAGAAAGCACUUAAAACAGGUUUCCAUUUCAGAUACAUCCAAACAUUUUGAUCAUUAAUUGAUCUAUUUUGAUUUUAUUCUCCAGGUUUGAUUCGGGUUUUUUGGUAAGUUUGUAGACAUGAACAGGUUUUAAUGUUGUGACUAACUUGUGUUUCUAUGGAUGUCUU